GUGGCAGUUUUACCACCCCACCUCGCGCCGUGUUCUGUCCUCCCAGGACGUCACCUUUGACGAGUCGGUGCCUUACUACCGUGUGUCCCAGGUAGACGCAGUCGAGCCUGUCGAGAUAAUUGUUGACUCUGGUGCCACUAGAGGUGCUGAGCCUGCGCGUGCCGAGUUCGGAGGUGCUGAGUCAGGGGGUGCUGAGCCUGGGGGUGCUGAGUCUGGGGGUGCUGAGCCUGGGGAUGCUGAGUCUGGGGGUGCUGAGCCUGGGGGUGCUGAGUCUGGGGGUGCGGAUCCUUGGGGUGCGGAGCUUGGGGGCGCUGGGUCUGCUCGUGUGGCCGCUGGCGGUGCUUCGUCGAGGCGGGAGCCACACUCUCCAGAGGAGCUGCGCGAGUGGUUUGCCCGGCGCUGGAGCCGUUUUGCUAGAGCUGGAGGUACUACUGUUGUUGCUGGUCCCAGAGGUGCUCGUACUGGCGGUACUGGAGCUGCUGGGGCUGGGGGUGCUGCUGGGGCUGCUGGAGUUGCUCGUGCUAGAGCUGGUGGCGGUACUGGAGCUGCCGGUCCUGCUGGAGUUGGUGCUGCUGGAGCUACUGGAGCUGGAGCUGCUGGAGGUGUUGGCGCUGGUGUUUCUGCUAGCGCAGGUGCGUCUGAGGGUGCUAGAGCUGGCGCUGUUGGAGCUGGAGGUGCUGCUGGCGCUUGUGCUGUCGCUGGGGGUAUUGGUUUACCGCCCGCCUCCCCCCUACCUGCUCCUUCUCCCUACACUGGUCCUACUGGAGGUCUUGCUGAGCGUCGUGAGCCUGCGUCUCGUCCUGCGUCGCCUGUUCGUGCUGCUCGCACUAGUCGUCGUGUUCCGCGUCCGCGUCCUCCUGCGGUCCCAAGCGCACACCAGAUGGCGUUGCGUCCUUCCACUGCUCCUCUGCGUGUCCCGUUGCCGUCUCCUCCAAAGUCCUCUCUUCCUGUCCUUGUUGACGCGGAGUCUGACUCUCUUCGUGCAACCAGUCCUACUGUCACGCGUCUCCUGGCCACUGUGGUCACUGACCCUUCCUUCGAGUCCACUGCAGCGUCGAACCUAGUUGCUGAGCUUGUCGACUUUGCUGCUCGCUGUCGUCUAGACUACGCUGCUAGUCUUGUUGCUGAGCCCGAGUCUGUCUGUCCUCCGUCCGUCGGGGGUGAGUGUGCUCUUAGCACGGACGUCUUUGAGGACAGGCAGGAGGAGUUCAAGUGUUUUGUUGCUACUUUGCCUCAUCUCGUGUCCACGCUAAUUGCCUCUGAGGGAGACCCGGAUGCACCAGACAUCUCGACUCCUCGAUCGUAUGCUGAGGCGAUCGAGGGUCCCUACUCCUCUAAGUGA